UACCUUUCUAGUUCUUUGCACAUCGAGGCCCUCCUUCUCUCCCCAGAUUCCUCCUCCCACACGAGGCCAUGCCCUCUUCCCUGACCCACCUGCCCACACUUAGAUUUGCUCUUCCUCAGACCCCAGCGCUGGAAGCCGUAUAGGUAUGUUUUUAACUAGGUGGCAUCUCCACUCCCUCGGCAAUAUAGCAGAACUCCUGAAGAUCAUUUGUGCUUCGAGACCCCUCAGUUUUUCUACUUCUGCUAAAAUGCCCAAGACAUUCAAAAAUGCAAAACGAAUCGAAGGACUCGAUAGCAAUAUAUGGGUGGAAUUUACUAAGCUCUGUGCAGACCCCUCUGUUGUGAAUCUUGGCCAAGGCCUGCCAGAUGUCCCCCUUCCUCUCUAUGUGAAGAAAGAGUUAUCAAAGGUGGCAGCCAUUGACCAACUGAAUCAGUACACGCGGAGCUUUGGUCAUCCAGCACUGGUGGAAGUUUUGUCUUCUCUAUAUGGAAAGAUUUAUGAAAGACAUAUCGAUCCACUGAAAGAAAUAAUAGUCACAGUGGGAGGAUAUGGAUCUCUUUUUAAUGCUAUACAAGGAUUCAUUGACAAAGAAGAUGAAGUGAUCAUCAUCGAACCUUUCUAUGACUGCUACGGGCCCAUGGUGAAGAUGGCAGGAGCGACCCCCGUCUUUAUCCCCUUACGCUAUAAACCUAUUAAGGGAAAUGAAAGCUCCAGUGCCUCAUGGACAUUAGAUCUGGAUGAGCUGGACAGUAAAUUUAGUUCAAAAACCAAAGCUAUUAUAAUAAAUACUCCGCAUAAUCCCAUCGGCAAGGUCUAUUCCAGAGAAGAACUUCAGUCCAUCGCUGAGCUUUGUAUUAAACAUGAUGCCAUUUGCAUCAGCGAUGAGGUUUAUGAAUGGCUGGUGUACACUGGAAAGAAGCAUAUAAAAAUAGCUACUUUGCCAGGUAUGUGGGAAAGAACAAUCACUAUAGGAAGUGCUGGAAAGACUUUCAGCGUGACUGGAUGGAAGAUUGGUUGGUCUAUCGGUCCUGAGACUCUCAUAAGACACAUGCAGACUGUGCAACAGAACACCAUUUACACGUGUGCAACUCCUUUACAGGAGGCUUUGGCUCGAGCUUUUGAGGUGACCCUUCAACACAUGGACGGGCCGGAAUGCUACUUCAGAACUCUGCCCCAGGAGCUGGAAGCGAAGCGGGACCGGCUGAUCAGGUCCCUGCGCAGCGCCGGCCUGAGACCCACCGUCCCCGAGGGGGGAUACUUCAUCAUUGCAGACAUCUCCUCACUGAAUGCAGACCUCUCUGGCAUGAAGGAAGAUGAAAGUUAUGACUACAAGUUCGUGAAAUGGAUGACUAAAAAUAAGAAAUUAUCAGCCAUUCCUGUUUCAGCAUUCUGUAGUUCCAGCAACAAAGAACAGUUUGAGAAAUUUGUACGGUUUUGCUUCAUUAAAACAGUACCCUGGAGGCUGCUGAGAAGAUCAUCAAGGCCUGGGCAAAGGGAUCCUAAUUUUUGCCCACAUUUAUGUGGCUUUUGUUAAUUUAAAAAAAUGAAGUUGCUGCCACCUACUGGAAAAACAAAUCUUUCAGUACAAAUAACACCUUAUUGAAUGUUUUAAGGCACUGUCAUGUAAUGUGGGGACUUUCAAGGAAAAUGAGUAGAAAUAACAAAAAAAAUAUUAACACUAAGUGAAAAAAGGAAAUCAAAAGAACUGAAAAUCACUGGAUUUCAGAAUUCCAAUUCUUGGAGCAGAACUGUUAAGAGAGUUUUUAUUAAUUUCUCCUUUUUUAUAUUUAAGAGGAAAAGGAGCAAUCCUAUUUUUCAGUAAGAGACCCCCUGCUGUGCUGCUUGUCAGUUAGUGUCAGAAGGCUGUGACAGAGAGAGUUAGUCAGUUGCAGAGAGUGGCAGAAGGCUUUUUGUUUCUGGGUAUCCUGGGGAGAGGGUGUACUGCUAGCAGCAAGCUUUCUGGUUGGAGGCAAAGAACAGAAUUAAGGCUUUAAUAGCCUUAAUUCUAGGCACUCUCUAGGAUUAGAUAGUAAGAGUAAGCGAGGUCUUUGGCCUAACAGAAGAUACUGCCUUCUGAGGCAGAGAGAUUUAGGGUUUUUUAGAGAAAUUGAGUUAGGAUUGGGAUCUGGGGUAGAGUUAGAAGCUAUUGUAAGAUUACUUUCACUUUCCUCCUUCCUAUUUCCUAUCCAUAUUUCCUAAUAAUAAACUAAAUGUUUUGUGUUUAAUCAACUGUGAUUUUUUGUGGCUUUUGUUCAAACUCCUACCCCACA